AUGGCUGGGCAAAGCAUCAUGGACCGCGUUGUGGCGGCGAAACACAGCAUCGCCGGACAGGGUCUGGCCAAGUCCGUUUGUAAGGCUACCACAGAGGAGGUCAUAGGUCCGAAGAAGAAACAUUUGGACUAUUUGCUGCAGUGCACCAACGAACCAAAUGUGUCCAUCCCCCAGAUGGCAGACUUGCUAAUCGAAAGAACCCAGCACACCAGCUGGGUGGUUGUUUUCAAGGCUCUAGUCUCCAUUCACAACCUCAUGAACUACGGCAAUGAGAGAUUUACACAGUAUCUGGCGUCCAACAACUGCUCAUUCAGUCUCAGUGGUUUCAUUGACAAGGGGGGAGUUCAAGGCUAUGAUAUGUCUACAUUUAUACGUCGGUACGCCAAAUACCUCAACGAGAAAGCCAUUUCAUACAGAGUUAUGGCCUUUGACUUCUGCAAGGUGAAACGAGGAAAAGAUGAUGGCUUGUUACGAACCAUGAACACAGAAAAACUUUUAAAGACACUGCCAGUCUUACAGCAGCAGCUAGAUGCAUUAUUGGAGUUUGAUUGUGCUCCCAAUGAGCUGACCAAUGGGGUGAUCACAGCCUGCUUCAUGCUUCUGUUUAAAGAUCUUAUCAGGUUGUUUGCUUGUUACAAUGAUGGGGUCAUCAAUUUGUUGGAAAAAUAUUUUGAUAUGAAUAAAAAACAGUGCAAAGAUGCGCUGGACCUCUACAAAAAGUUUUUGGUGCGCAUGGACAAAGUUUCUGAGUUCUUGAAAGUUGCUGAGAGUAUGGGCAUAGAUAAAGGUGAUAUUCCAGACUUAGCCAAGGGGUUAAAAAACAAUUCCACCUCUGCACCUGCCAGUUUGUUAGAUGCCCUAGAACAGCACCUGGCAACACUGGAAGGCAAGAAGGCAGGAGCAACGACGCCGACAGGGACUAGCAAACCUGUUGGUUUCACUUCGGCUCUGAACACGAUGACGAGCAACACAUUUAAUGUCUCAGACACUGAGAAGAGGAGGAUUUUAGAUGAAGAGAAUCAGCAUCUAGAGAAACUGAAG